UGACGCACGGCAAUUGUUGUUGCUGGUUGUUGCGAGACCUGCGAGGAGAGUGUCGUCGUUGUCGUCGACGUCGUCGUCGUCGUCGUGGGUCGCGUUCGUGUCAAUUCGAGCGAACAUCGCGGAGAGCGAAUUGGUGGACGAGAGAACGAGAGAGAGAGAGUGAAAGCGAGAGGAUAAGUGCGCGCGCGCGCGCACGUGAACGACAGGGCGACCUGAGCUGUGGGCAUAACGCGAGUUACGCGAGCGAAGCAGAAGGCAGACAAGGAUCGAGCAGGAUCGAGAACGUUCGUUGUCGCCGUUGUCGUCGCAGUGUCGCGUGGUCCCCCCUCGAAGACGGGCCACGAUGAAGUUUCAGUACAAGGAGGAGCAUCCGUUCGAGAAGAGGAAGGCCGAGGGCGAGAAGAUCCGACGGAAAUAUCCCGAUCGGGUGCCUGUGAUAGUUGAGAAGGCGCCUAAAGCAAAAAUCAGUGAUUUGGACAAGCAAAAGUACUUGGUACCCUCUGAUUUGACUGUCGGUCAGUUUUACUUCCUAAUUCGUAAGAGGAUUCAUUUACGUCCCGAGGAUGCCCUGUUUUUCUUCGUCAACAACAUCAUUCCACCAACAAGCGCCACCAUGGGCUCUCUUUAUGCGGAACAUCACGAGGAGGAUUUCUUCCUAUACAUAGCGUAUAGCGAUGAAAAUGUAUACGGUCACUAAACCUUGGCAGGAUGAGCAAAAUAUGUAUUGCCAAAACAGCAAUGGGAUUCAACAACAAAAAAUCUACCAUCUAUCAACGUAGUCCUCAUAGACGCUUUCGAGAAAAAAAAACCGAGCAUUCAAAAUUACAUCUAUCGAUAUACACUGUGUGAAAUUUUAUGUCUUGAUGCUGCACAUUUGCCUCCGAAAAAAAAACUUACACAACUAUAUCCUUGGAUGAUAAAAAAAAUGCUUGUCGAUUCCAUCUUUUUUUGCCACCUAAGAGGGCUUAGUUCACCGUAUGAUGCAAGAACAACUAAUUUGUGCAGAAUUAUUAUGUGAUCAUGUAAUGUUUAGCCUGGCCACUAAAAAAAAAAAAAACAACAAAAGAGAAAACCCAAAAAAAGUAUUUGUAUUGCCAAUCAUCGCUAAUAUCGUCACAUUUUAUGUUUCACUGCACACAUCAUGUUUUCCGAUAAUAUAGUAGCUAUAUCGUACCAUUAUAAAUUCGAAGUAUGGUAUAGAUGACGGGAAUCCUGUACGUGAUAUCAUUUCCAUCAAUAGAUUAAUGUUGUAUUAUACAUGAUUUUGACGUUAUUUAAUUAAUGAAAGAACGAAGAGAAAUUGUUGGAUAUACGAGGAAAUUUUUCUGUAAUAUGAAAAUGUAAGGCCAAUAAAAAAAAUUUUAAAAUGUGAA